GGGGGAAGCCGUGGCGAGAUUAAGUAAUGAGAACUUGGGCCCAGUUUUUUCCAAGCCUGCCCUCAUGCGGGGAUGGCAGAAGAUGAACCGGAUGCCAAGAGCCCGAAGACCGGAGGCAGGGCCCCCUCAGGUAGUGCUGAGGCCGGAGAACCCACCACCCUGCUUCAGAGGCUCCGAGGUACCAUUUCCAAGGCCGUGCAGAACAAAGUCGAGGGAAUCCUGCAAGACGUGCAGAAGUUCUCAGACAACGACAAGCUGUAUCUCUACCUUCAGCUCCCCUCGGGGCCCAGUACUGGAGACAAAAGCUCGGAGCCAAGCACGCUCAGCAAUGAGGAGUACAUGUAUGCCUAUAGGUGGAUCCGCAACCACCUAGAAGAGCAUACCGACACCUGUUUGCCAAAGCAGAGUGUUUAUGAUGCCUAUCGGAAGUACUGUGAGAGCCUCGCCUGUUGCCGCCCACUCAGCACAGCCAACUUUGGCAAAAUCAUCAGAGAGAUCUUCCCUGACAUCAAGGCCCGAAGGCUUGGUGGCCGGGGCCAGUCCAAAUAUUGCUAUAGUGGCAUACGAAGGAAGACCUUGGUAUCUAUGCCACCCUUACCUGGACUUGACCUGAAGGGCUCUGAGAGUCCAGAAAUGGGCCCAGAGGUAACCCCGGCUCCUCGGGAUGAACUGGUGGAGGCAGCCUGCGCUCUGACCUGUGACUGGGCAGAACGAAUCCUGAAACGGUCCUUCAGCUCCAUCGUGGAGGUGGCGCGCUUCCUGCUGCAGCAGCAUCUCAUCUCUGCCCGGUCUGCACAUGCCCACGUGCUCAAGGCCAUGGGGCUUGCUGAAGAUGAUGAACACACCCCGCGGGAGCGGUCCUCAAAAUCCAAGAAUGGUGUUGAGAGCCUAGAGGGUGGAGCCCAUAAGAAACCAGAGAGACCAGCCCAGCCUCCUAAGGAGCUGGAACCCCGGGCUGGGGCCGGCACCCCUGCGCGCGGAGAGCGGAAGAAGAGUGUAGUGGAGAGCCCAGCCCCGGCAGCCAGUAACCCACAGGUUAAUGCCCUGGUGGCCCGGCUGCCUCCGCUCCUUCCCCGGGUCCCUCGCUCCCUUAUGCCACCCAUCCGAGUCUCUCCACCCAUCCUGGCCCCCAAGCUUUCUUCAGGCCCUCUGAAAGUGGCUCUGCCCAGCAGGGCCGGGGGCCCCCACGCGGCUGUGCCCAUCAUUAACAUGAUCUUACCAGCGGUUCCUGCUGUGCCCGGACCCGGACCCGGGCCUGGGCAAGCCCUACCUGGGGUGCUCGCUCAGCCACGAGGCACAGAGAACAGGGAAGUAGGCAUAGGUGGUGACCCAGGACCCCAUGACAAAGGUGUCAAGAGGACAGCGGAAGUACCUGUGAGUGAGGCCACUGGACAGGAUCCACCAGCUAAAGCGGCAAAGCAGGAUAUAGAGGAUACGGGAAGUGAUGCCAAAAGAAAACGGGGGCGCCCUCGGAAAAAAUCCGGUGGAAGUAGGGAAAGGAACCCUACCCCUGACACGUCAGCAGCUGCCGUGGACUCUCCCCAGCCCUCCAGGUUACCACAGGAGACCUGGGCCUCCGGAGGCGACCGCAACUCCGCCAGAGGGUCAGGGAGGCCAGGGCCAGGGGGAGAGGCUGAGAGGGGGACGCCGCUUGCCCAGAGUCAGGAAGAUGGGGCUGCUUCCAGAGGAGGGAGGGGCCCCAGUUCCCGCCAUGCCAAAGAAGCAGAAGAUAAAAUUCCUCUGGUCACCUCAAAAGUGAGUGUCAUCAAGGGCAGUAGAAGCCAAAAGGAGGCUCUUCCAAAGGGAGAGGUAGACACCGCAGCACAGGGUAAUAAAGACUUAAAAGGGCACAUGCUUCAGAAUUCCUUAUGCCAUGAAGGUAAAGGCCCUAGAGCCACACCCCCAUGAUAGCCGGCGGGGGGGGGGGGUGUAGAGGGUUUAUAUUCACGUUAACUCUACCUGCCUAGUAGAGGCCCUUCUCUGCACCCGCUUCUUGUUUGGCUCUUUUCCUAAGGCAGUUCAUUCUCCUGUGUAGACCGCUUGAGGCACCCUGUCCUCCACGGUGUCUGGCUCUUGCCUCUGACCUUUCCAGCUCAAUACCCUUGGCUUUAGAGUCCUUGAUAAAUCUGUAGUGACUGUCUUUCCUGGAUCUCUAUGCUAUCCUGUGGGAGGCUAGGAAUGGAGUAAGUGUGAUGAAUGUAUAGGCUAGGACUCUUGGUUUUAAAUCAAAGAAAACCUUACAAACUGGCUUAAAAAUUAAGACUUCCUGGCUCAUAUAACUAAAGUCCAAAGGUAGUACUGGCUCCAGAGAAAGCUGAUGCAGUGGCUCAAUAUGUCUCGAAAUACCCGAUCUCUUCUCCCCCCUCCCCCCCCCCACUGCUGCCUUCUAUAGGCUCAUUUAAACCUGGGCCACCUCCCUGCUGCCAGCACUCCUGGGAUUACACGUUUUCUCAUUUAUAUCUAACCCAAAGGGAGUUAGAGGGGUACAUCUUUGUGCCAGGAAUCCUAGCAGAAGCAUCAACAUUGACUGAUUAGGCCAUCCUGGGUCACAUGGCCACCCCUGCCCAAUCACUGUGGCCAGAAGGAUGGUAUAUGCUAAUUUGUACCUUCUACAUCUGGGAAAGCCUGGGAUCAGCCUCCUUAGAAUCACAAAGGUCUCCAUGCGGCCGGCUGCCUCCAUAUCUGGGGAUGCAGCUGACACCUGGCCACAGCUAUGAAGUACAGGUGGCUUUAGCUUGCUAGGUUGAGACCGGCUACACCUGUUUUCCUUUUUCCCUCCCUGUCUUGCAUUUUCCUUCCUGCAGCUAUAAUAACCUCUUUCCUCUCAUAGACUCAGAAGGAAUGAGAGAGAAGUCCCUCUCCUUUAACGGACUCUCUUUAGUCUCAUUUAGAUGACACUUCUUACAUCUCGGAGAUGGGGAGCCUUCCCUUUCCUGUUUCUGAAUGUUCGUUUUCUCUGCAUUCUGCUUCCCUAUCCCGACCUUAUGGCCACUUUCACCAGGUGGAGUAAUCCGAGCCAUUUGAUUAAAUCCAUUCUGUAUCCACGAGGUGUCAGUCUCUUGUCGUACACGUGCCAGGACUUAGCCAGGAUUGCGGGUUUUGGCUAGGUGCGUGGCAGGAGAUAGCUCUGCAUAUGGGCACCAACAGGAAGUGAGUUGCAGUAAACCAGCUGAUCUCUACUGAGGACCUGUUUUGUCUUCUGCGUAGGGUAGCUUCUGUCAGGGAAUCCGGUUCUGCCCAGGAAAUAAAUUUUCUUUCAGGGAGACUUCAUUCGUUUCCACCACAGCAUAUUUUUAAAAAUUAUAAUAUGUAAUAUUUGAUAUAUAUAAAGAGUAUAUUUAACAUGAAUAAGUUAUGAAACGUAAUUAAAUGAAUACCUUUGACCAAAUUAUACAUUAAAACAUGAGAAAUAC